UUCUGUGCUCCUUUUUGUGCGAGCGUGUGUUUGCAGAAAGAGAGAGACAAAACAUGAGCCAGCCGAGCGGAAUUCUGGAGCAGGAGCUGAGCUGUGCUAUAUGUCUUCAGCUUUACAAUGAUCCGGUGUCCUUGCCUUGUGGACACAGCUACUGCUUGGCCUGUGUUCAGACCAGCCAGAAAUCAGACCUACCCGGGGAUCAACCGCGCUGCCCAGAGUGCAGACAGGAGUACAAUGGCUUGGAGAGUUUGCUCAGAAACUUCAAACUAUGUGGAAUAGUGGAGGGUUACCGCAUGGCCAUGUCUGCCGGUGGCUUUAAAAUGGGCAAAUCAGUGGUGCCAUGUGACCAGUGCUUGGACGGAACAGAACCUGCUGUGAAGACCUGCCUUCACUGUGAGACCUCUCUGUGUCAAGGUCAUUUAAAAAAGCACCAAGAACGCCACAGGUCCAAAAGUCACGCACUUGUAGAGCCACUGCCUGACCAGGACCAGAGGAAAUGUCCCGAACACAGACGAGAGCUCGAGUUUCUGUGCUUGGAGGACCGCAGUUUUCUCUGCAACGAGUGUGUAAUUGAAGGAAAGCACCGAGACCAUGAGGUCCAGAUGUUUGAAGCUGCUAAGAGUGACCUGAAGCGAGUGUUGGAAGGGCUAGAGAAGGCCACGUAUGACCGGCUCCAGAUGACCGAAGCUCUGCUCAGGAGGUCUCAGGACAGCGUGAGAAACCCAGAGACGAGUGUAGAUAUGCUAGCAGCCAAGGCUACAGCACUGCUGGACAGCAUGGCAGCACAAAUCACUGCUUACAAGGAGCGUAUGAGAAUACUUAUAGAAGAUGAAGUACGUGAGUGCAAUAAAGCCUGGCAGGCGAGUGUGACCGCCCUGAGGGAAUACCAGCACCAGCUUAGCGAUGCCCAGCGCUCCGCCAGCGAGUUACUCUCCUCCUCCCCUGCCGACUUUCUCUUCCUGCAGCUCUACAUUAACCUGGAGUCGCGGCUACGUCAGGCAGCUAAUGUGACCAUCCCGAGCCUUCCAGCGCCUCAACCUACCGACACCAAGCGGCUUCGGGCCGGCCUUAGCACAGACACCUUCAGAUCAGAGCUGACCCAAGAACUCCAGAACCUCCAUAGCUUGAUGAAUCCGCUGGACCUUAGCUUCAAUCCUGCUACGCUACAUAACAGCCUUAUUCUGUCCAUGGAUUUACUGACUGUGAAGUACUGGAGUGGGGCAAAACCCAACCUUAGCAAUGGAGACCAGAUCGAACGCUUCACCGCCGCAGUGCAGGUCAUGUGUUCCCAGGGGUUUGCGCAAGGCGUCCACGUGUGGACAGUGGAGCUAGGUCCACACUGCAUGUGGUCAGUUGGGCUUUGUUAUGCUAGCAUCCCCCGCAAAGGUGACCACAGCAAGCUUGGGCACAACACCCUCUCCUGGAGGCUGCAGUGGAAAAACAAGAAGUUGACGGCAUGCCAUGAUUCCAUCAGCACCACCGUGGGCGAUGGGUCUGCAGUGCCACCCAAAAGGCUGGAGGUGGCGCUAGAUUAUGACGGAGGCUCACUAGCUUUCUAUAGCGUUACAGCUAAAGGGAGGAAGCUUCAUCUACACACGUUUAGAGCUGCGUUCAAGGAGACGGUGUAUCCCGCAUUCGGGCUGCACUCGACCACCGGCGAGUCUUGGAUCACGCUGGUGAAUGCGGCCAUAUAACCUGUACAUAGGA